GACAGCACCAAAACCCUGUUGUUUUCUGGUAGCCAGUCUUCAGUGGCACAUCUCGCAACAGCUGCAUGUCUCAUCCAGACACACAACCACUCGCUUAUUGGAUUGGAACCACUGAACCUUCAAUGCUGAAGAGUCACUGUAUGCUCAAAACGACCAAAACUGAGGAUUAUUAACGUGAAAGAAAACCAUGAUGGCCAUUGUAAAGCUUUUGCUCAUAUGUUUUUUAUUUCAAGCCACCUAUUGCCAGCACUGGUUAGCCUUCAUGCCUCACACUAUAGUAGGGCUGAGUGGAUCCUGUGUGAUUAUCCCAUGCACUUUCAGCUUGCCCUCUGAAUGGGAUCAGUACCUGGACCAUUCAUGUAAAGGCAUAUGGAAGAGAGGCAGCUGGAGCCGAACACAGGUGUUUGAUUCCAGCCUCAGUGGGGCAAGCGUGAGCUUAAACCUCCUGCAGGGAAACCUGACUGGGAUCCUGCGUGACAAAGACUGCACCACCAUCUUCAACAACCUUCCAUCUAAUCAUUAUGACAACUAUUACUUCAGACUACAGUGUGACAACUCACUGAAGUUUAACUUUCAAACAAGCGUUCGUAUCACCACUCAAGAUUCACUCCCCAGGCCUACUGUAACUCCAUCCAAGCUGGAAGUAGAAGAAGGGACUGUAGUUGCCUUGAAUUGUUCAGCUGUUGUCCCGUGUCCAACUCUACCUCCACUUGUGACAUGGUCACCCAGUUUAGGGGACAUUGAGGAGAAUUUGGAGGCAAAAUCUUUAAACUCUGUCAUGAACUUUAAUGCUUCUCACCUCCACAAUGGACAGAAGGUUUCCUGCAGCGCUGCCUACGGCAGACAAGAUGGGCACAAGGACCUUGUGUAUGAAAGAAGUUUGACUAUGCAGGUUUUUUACCCUCCACAUAACACAUCAGUCAGUGAUUCUGGUCCAGUUUUGGAAGGAAGCUCUGUGAUUCUGUCCUGCAGCGCCAAUGCAAAUCCAGAAGUGGACAGCUACACCUGGUACAAAGUCAAUGGAGAGCAAGUGGAAGCCUUUGGAUAUAAGAAUAAACUUUCAAUCACAGCUACAGAAGUUGACAGCAAGUUUUUCUGCAAAGCCAAUAACAAAUAUGGAAGCCAGAACUCUUCCAUCGCUCAGAUAGAUGUGCAAUUUUCUCCUAAGGAAACGACAGCUCUUGUUGAGCCAGCCGGUCCAAUCCUACAGGGUAGCUCUGUGUCUCUACUUUGUAGAAGCCGUUCAAACCCACCAGUGACUAAUUACACCUGGUACAAGGAUGAUGAAGUGGAUCAGGAGACCGGGCCGACCUUAGUUCUAGAUGCUCUCGAUCCCAGCCAUAGUGGUGGCUAUCACUGCUCUGCAAAAAAUGAUCUGGGAGAACAAACUUCAGCAAAGAUUCAGCUGGAUGUUCAGUAUCCCCCUAAAAACACCACUGCUUCUGCCAACUCCUCUGGUCCGGUUCCUGAUGGCAGCUCUGUGACUGUGACCUGCACCAGCAUUGCCAAUCCAGCAGUAGCUAAUGUCACCUGGUUCCGAGUUGCUGGAAGAGAAAAGGAGGUUGUUGGAUCAGAGCAGGACUUCACCUUCAAUGUGACCAAACUCUCAGAAGAUAUAUAUUACUGUGAAGCACAAAAUAUUCAUGGAUCUCAAUUCUCAGAGCCUGUCACUGUUGAUGUGCUAUUUUCUCCAGAAAUCCUACCAUUUUCUCGCUGUGUCAGAAUUUUAUCCCAGUUUCGAUGCUCCUGUGACAGUCAGGGUAACCCACUUCCCUCCCUGGUUUGGGAACUGGCUGGAGAACCUGUCAGUCACUCAACGGGCAUUGCAGUACGAGAGAUAAUCAUGGGACCUGGGACCAUGAGGAGUGUCAUCACCUUGUACCACCUGAAUGAAGACAUGCCCACUUUAGUGUGCCUCAGCAGAAACUCACUGGGCUCUGAUAGUCUGGCCUAUAAUGUUUCCUCCAGUCAAACUCAGCUGGGUGUCGAUGUUGUGUCUCUGCUAAUCGGAUCAGCAGUUGGAGCUCUAGGGAUGAUGGUGAUUUGCAUCCCAUUGCUGAUAUUUUUUUGCAGGAAAAGAAAUGACAGCCUUUUAUUCAACAAGGAGUUGGUGGAAACAGGAGAGUGUUUAGUCACCAAUGUGGCCAACUCUUUCCCAGGAGAUGUGAUUUAUGCCAACAAAGAUGGAGUGGAAGAGGUGGAAGGAGACAAUGAAGAGCAUCUUAACUAUGUCAAUGUGGACUUUGCUAAGCUGCAGGCCAGAUCAGAAGGUGAGCUUGGAGAUGGGGCUAUCAGAGGACUUGCCUCAAAGACAGCUUAGUAUGGUGAGCUUCGCCCCCAGUGCAGAGAAAGUAAUGGAGGCGAUGCAAAAGAGCAAGAAAAUCUUGCAGGUAUCAACUUGGAGCUAGGGGAGGAUGCCAAUGAUCUUGCAGGAGAGGUUACUGAGGAGGUCACUGCUUAAUGUUAAGUAGAUUUGUAGCAGAAAAGAAGAUCAUAAUUCUGAAUGAGCUGAUUCUGAAUCUUUAACCUCACAAUGAUGUUAGAAAACUGUACACAACUAGUCAUAAUUGUAAUGCAAUUGUUUGUUUAAUGUUUUGUUUGUGCUAAUACCUAAUUCAUUUUUUUUAUUAAAACUCCUAACUUAAAUAAAAGCAACAGAGAGGCUUGAUGAACAUUUUUCAUAACUUUGUAUGCGUUUUUAUUAAAUUUAUAGCUGUAGCUGAAUUAACCUUUCAAAAUGUUUUACAGUGAGAAAACAUGAACAAGCAAUGUAUCAUUUCAGUGUGUAUGCAUCAUUUUAAAUUUAACAUAGCUUUAAAACAUUCAUAUCCACAUUCAGUUCUUAGCUUAUUAUGUACAGAAUUACAUCUUUGUUAAAGCAGAAUCUAGUUGCUUUAUAUAGCACUGUGAAAAAGUGUGAAAACUGUGUGAAAACUGUGAAAAAGUAUUUGCCCCCUUACAGAUUUCUUGUUUUUUCAAUUAAAACAGAUUGUAAUAUCAGACAAAAAUAACCUGAGUAAAUACAAGACAAAGCUUUUAUAUGGGAAUUUCGUUUUAAAAGGAAAAGGCUAUUUAAACCAACCUGGCCCUAUUGGUAAUUAGCUUCUAAACUAAACAAUUGUUGCUAUCGAGCAUCUCUGAUAACUAGCAAUAAGAUUUUCGGGGGAAUUUUGGUCAACAAUUAUUUUGCUAAUUGUGUUAAUUCAGCCAUUUGGCAGCUUCUCGAGAAUGAAUAGAUUAAGUUCAUGCUACAUCUUAAUCGGGUUAAGUCCAGAAUUUGAUUAGGCCCAUCUAAAACAUUCAUUUAGGAUUUAUUUUAAGCCAUUCAGAGGUGGAACUGCUAGUUGGUACUUUUGAUCACUGGCCUGC